UAGCCGAUCGCAGUACGAUCCGAUCAACCAACGCGUGCGUACGCAUUCGGUUUUGUUUUGCGGUUCCCGUAGUGCGAAUCCUUAUAUGUUCCAUGUGUAGUUCCAAUGGUAUUGGAUCAGAAUUUGAGUAGAUCUCCGAUAGGAACUAAUUCGAUGGCCACUGCAGGCGUCAUAUCAUCACCAGUAGAUUAGCUGUCACUAUUGUGCUAUAGAUCAACAAUAACUUAUCUGAUUCUGCUUAUUGCUUGGAACAUCAAAGAUGACACCGAAACAGCACAAAGACGGCAUCCCGAAGCGUCUAAUAGUCGCUGUUAUGAUCUUCGUCGCGUGUUUAACAUCGUUUAUGCUACGUGUGAACAUGUCCAUCAACCUACUGGCCAUGGUUUAUCCUCAAGUUCACCCGAUAGAAGUGAAUGAUACCGAAACGUUUGACAUCCGCAGUUCGUUUAGUAACGAAUCUUUUGUCAGUAACACAACAAUGACAAACUCGACAGAUGUUACCUCCAUGAGCGAACUGAAAACCCUGGACAAUAAGUUGAAGGUACAAUAUUAUGGUCCACGAUACGACUGGGACCAAACCACUCAAAGUCGAAUUCUGGGAGCAUAUUUUUACGGCGUUAUGCUCACCUCACUUCCGGCUGGACUGUUGGCACAACAGUUUGGGCCACAGCUUUUGGUUACAGUUUCCUUUAUAGCGUGUGCCAUCGCCACCGCACUGACGCCCAUGCUGGCCGCUGUGGGACCAUGGUAUGUAAUAGCCUCAAGAGCGGUCGUUGGAGUGCUCGCAGGUAUCGUGUAUCCUGCGUUGCAUAACCUCAUUUCCCGAUGGAUUCCCCCGAAUGAACGAGGUAAAGUCAUAGCUUGCAUUUCCGGGGGUAGCACUUUCGGAACGGUUAUUACUUGGCCAAUAUCUGGCAUGCUGACGGAAAAGUUCGGUUGGGUAUACGCGUUCUACGUUCCAGCUGGUUUUAUUUUUUUGAUCGGUAUAAUUUGGGUGGUGCUGAUUCGAGAUUCACCAGACCAACACAGCACAAUAAGCCCUACGGAGAAAAAGCUUAUUGAAGACUCAUUCGGAGACACAGUUUCGAAAUCCAAAUCUUGGCCUCCGCUCGGGAAAGUUCUGACUUCAGUGCCAUUUUUGGCUCUGCUGAUCCUGCACUACGGAACCAUCUGGGGAAUGAACUUCUUCAUCACACAAACUCCAAAGUUUAUGAACGAAGUACUCGGAUUCAAACUGGCAAAUGCCGGCUUCCUAUCCAGCUUGCCGUACAUGGCCCGUAUGUUCUCGGGUUUCUUUUUCGGUUUCAUAGGUGAUCGCAUCCGCCAGAAGAAUCUUAUGAGUACGACUGCUGUGCGGAAGUCUUUUUGUUUGUUCUCUCACAUCAUACCGGGAGUGUUCCUAAUCAUACUACCAUUCAUAGCUACAGAUGCGUUCAUCUGUAUAGCGUGUAUUGUUGCAUGCUUCGGCUUCAAUGGAUCUUCAACUCUUACCAAUCUGGUCAACGCACAGGAUCUCGCACCGAACUUUGCCGCUACACUAUACGGAUUUCUGAACUUCCUUGGUACUACAACUGGAUUUAUAGCUCCCAUAGUAGUUGCUAUGUUCACUGCGGAAAAGAGUACGAUCGACGAAUGGAAAUACCUAUUUUUCAUCAGUGCUGCGAUUUACAUCGCGUGCGGUGUCAUCUUCAUCGUAUUCGGAACCGGGAAGGUGCAGAAAUGGAAUGAAAUCAAACCAAAAAAUACGGCGGAGAACAUCAAACAGGCGACUUAUCGAAAAAAUAGCUUCGAAAUAGGCGAGAUAAAAAGGUUAAUGGAUAAUCCCUCGCCUUCGUCCUCUACGGCCCAAAAGCAACAAGAUGCUGAAGAAUUUCGUCGGCGAGGGAAAGAUUGAUGACAUCAUCAGUGAGACAAAGACCCUAGCUUGUACUUUAUUCCAAAAACGCUUACAUUGGCACCUAAAUGCUUGAGACCGAGCCUUACAAAAAAUGUAGUCAAUAUAAAAUUUAGUUUGAAACAUAACUGAGCUGUGUUAUUUUUUUUUCGUGGUGAAGAUUUUAAAAACGAUUAAACAAGUAAAAGAACAAUUACUUGUAAUCGGAACAGAACGAUCGCCUCUGGUUUCUACUCCGUUGUUAAAAAGCAAAAUAGUCACAAUUCAUAAGUCCAAAACGAUAUGACAGAUGAGUAAGAUUCAAAAGUCGUUUUCAACGAUAUAAUCAUUUUACUUCGGCAAUAAAUACAAAGAACCUUAA